GACAUUGUGAACAUCAGAAACCUAUUCAAAAUAAACCAUUCAAUAAUGAGAAGGAUAUAUUCAAAAAGCAUGUUUCUACAGCACCUGAUAUUUUACCUAAAAAAUUACAAGUUGGGCAGUCCUUGGAUAAAAACAAUCCACUUGGUUCAGCAAUUGCUAUUAUAUAG